GUGUCGAUGCUCAGUAGACACUUGUCGACUCUGGGCAGCUGAAGCUGAGAGAAAGACGACACACACACACACAACACUCUCUCUCUAGUCACUGUAUUUCUAACAAAUAUUUCAAAAAAAAAAAAAAAGGUCUUUAGUUGAAGGAAGUGGAGUGAAAUAUUUACAUAUUCCACAGUUCACUUCUGUUAUAUGGAAUAUUAAGACCUUUUUGAGCGGAGUCAAGUGUUUCCUCUGCUUUAAACAAGAAUGGGAUCUUACAUGAACUUCAAAAACUCUGCUGAUGCCUCACAUGGUGGGAUAAAACCACAAGGGAAUUUCCCAUUGGCUCGGCAACCUUCAGUUUACUCAUUGACCUUUGAAGAGUUUCAAAACACUUGGGGUGGGCUUGGAAAGGAUUUUGGGUCUAUGAACAUGGAUGAGCUUCUGAAGAACAUUUGGACGGCUGAAGAGAGUCAAGCUAUGACUUCUUCAGCUGUUGCUGGUGUAGAAGGAAGUAUGCCUAGUGGGAAUUUGCAAAGACAAGGAUCGUUAACUUUGCCUCGAACAUUGAGUCAAAAGACUGUCGAUGAAGUUUGGAAAGAUUUGAUGAAAGAAACUGGUGGUGGUGCUAGGUAUGCGAGUGGUGGUGAUGGCAGCAAUGCAUCAAAUGUGCCGCAAAGGCAACCAACUCUGGGGGAGAUGACAUUGGAGGAGUUUUUGGUGAGAGCCGGAGUAGUGCGAGAGGAUACUCAACAGAUUCUUGCAAGACCAGAUAAUGUUGGACUUUUUGCAAAUAAUGCCAAUAUCGGUUUAGCUCUUGGGUUUCAGCAGCCAAGUAGAGACAAUGGGCUGCUGGGUAAUCGUGUAAUAGAGAACAACAAUUCAGUUUCUGGCCAGCUUCGUGGUUUAGCACCGAAUGUACGUGGAGUCAUAUCCUCACAGCAACCACAGCAGCUGCAACAACAUCAUUAUCAACCUCCACAGCAGCAGUCGCUCUUUCCCAAGCAAGCAACCGUGGCCUUUGCGUCUCCAGUGAAUUUAAUGAACACAACACAGCUUACCGGAACUUCUCCAGGAGCGAGGGGUCCUGUUUUCAGAUCUGCGAACCCCUCUAUGACUAACAAUUUAGUUCAGUCUUGUGCGCUGCAGAGUGCUUGUGGACUGAAGAGUGGAGGAUUGGGCGUGGCUGGUUUAGGUACUGGGGGUGUCACAGUUGCAACGGGGUCUCCUGCUAGUCAGGUCUCUCCAGAUGUGAUUACAAAGAGUUCUGCUGAGUCUUUGUCACCAGUUCCUUAUGUGAUUGGCCGGGGCAGAAGAAGCACUGCCCUGGAGAAAGUAGUUGAGAGGAGGCACAGAAGAAUGAUAAAGAACAGAGAGUCAGCUGCUAGAUCAAGGGCUCGCAAGCAGGCCUAUACAUUGGAACUGGAAGCAGAAGUUGCUGAACUUAAGGAAGCAAACAAAGAGUUGCAGAAGAAACAGGCGGAAAUAUUGACAGUGCAGAAAGAUGAGCUUUUGGAGAAAAUGAAAAUGCACUACGGAGGUAGGAGGCAAUACCUGAGGAGGACACUGACAGGUCCUUGGUAAGAGUUGAUGAACUGGACUGCCUAUGAUAAGAAGUGUUUGAAUUCCACAAUCUAUAUUAUUGACAUGGUACGAGGAUUGGGGGUAUGCAUCUGUGAGCUAUAUCUCAUCUCAUGGAGGGUAGGAAGUUUGGUAGCUGUAUGUAUAAGCAGAGUGUUGUAAAUUAUACCACUUGUAUUUAUGAAACUUCUGCUGUGUCUAAUUUGAUAGCAAGGGGAUAGCAGAAUAGUGAAGCAAAAUGUAUGCUCCAGUGUGUUACUCCUAUCUAGCUGCAGACUUUUAGUUUCUAACCUUCAUUAAACUGGGUUUAUGUAUUGGAUCUCUGAUUAAGUAUUUUAUGACUAAGCUUAGGUCAUGUGAGAUUUGUGAA